UGCGCAAACAAGCGUUCGAAGUGCUACACACAAGUGAACAUAUUCACAAAAGUGCAAACAAUUUGAAAAAAAACGUAAUUUUGUUGCGCAAAAUUUCAAAAAUUUAUAUACACAACAACAACUAAAAGAAGAAGCAAAGCGCAAUCAGCAGCCAUCAACCAACCAAACCAUCAGCCAACAUUGGAGCGACAUCACCAGCAUCAACAUAAGCGGUAACAACAACACCAGCACAAGAAGACCCCGGCGCAAAAAGGACUUACACACAUUCAUAUACAUAAAUCAAGGAAAGUAAUCGAAGACAUCAUGGCAGCGCGGAAGGCGUGCCCCCUGGCUCCAACGGCAGAGACAGACAACUGCCUACAAUGCCGGCUCUGCCACCGUUACCACGCAUUGCGGACGUGCCCGGCCUUCAAGGCGAUGAAGCCGCCGCAACGGUUGGGAGUAGCCCGCGCGCAAGGCUACUGCGUCAACUGCCUUGCGCUCACCCACACUAUCGGGGAAUGCGACUCGCCGGGUAGUUGCAAGACCUGCGGGCCAGCGCACCACACGCUGCUGCAUGUGGCAGCCAACACGCAUGCGCGCACGGGGCCAAGGGAACAGGGGCCCAAGAAGAGGAAAGCGGCCACAAAGGCCCCAAGGAGCGUCAAGCGGCGCGCACCGCCGAAGAAAAAGGCGCUGAAGAAGGCGCAGAAGAACCCGCGCAACCAUGCGCCGCAACCGCCGCGCAAGAAGACCGCCCAACGGACGAUCGCGCGCACGCUCCAAGGCCUACAAACGGCCAAUUUCCAGGGCCGCACCACCCACCGCGUCCUGGGCAACACGAUCCGCGCCCUGAAAGAGCUGCAGGAGACGCUCAGCAACGCAUUCCUGCAGGGCGGGGAUGAUGUCUAAGCCGCCGCUUAAGCCGAGUUCAGCGGCCGUGCGCGCGCACUUUGGCGGCAGUGGAGUCGACGCGACUCCGAAAAUAAUUACCGAGCGCGCACGGCCGCCUCCCAAUCGUCGUGCGAAAAUCCGCACAAGCCAGUUCAGCUACUCAAGUCGGACUACGCGCACGCGCCCCCUUAAUAUCAGCAAUUUUAAAACAUCUUUUUAACUGUGUCCUCCAAAUUAUACUUUGAAUAUAUGAGCAAACUAUUAAGCAAAAUACAUAAAAAAUUAAAAAUUGAAAACCAACGUAUUUCCUUAAAGCGGAAAGAAACUGUGU